CUUCUUGUUUACGUUUUGGGUUUAUUUGGAGUAAUUUGGACUUCUGGAUAGUUUUGGUUUCUGCAUGACGUUUUUACAGAUCUUCUUGCCGUAUUUUUGACCGCUUUUUGCAAGUUUGUUCAAUUAUCUUUUGACGAUUCCGGGGUGAUUAAGAAAUGGGUCGAAAAGUGAUUUUAGCGACUUGUUCGCUCAAUCAGUGGGCCAUGGAUUUCACAGGCAACUACGAAAGGAUUAUCAAAAGCAUCUACGAAGCAAAGGCUAAAGGCGCACGAUUCCGACUUGGUCCGGAGCUGGAAAUUCCAGGUUAUGGCUGCUCUGAUCAUUUUCUGGAGAGCGACACGAUUCUGCAUUCAUGGGAGGUUUUAGCGAAAAUCCUUCUGGAUCCUCAGUGUCGGGACAUUAUUCUCGAUAUUGGAAUGCCCGUGAUGCAUAAAGAUGUUGUUUAUAAUUGCCGAGUGAUCACACUAAACGGUCAGAUUCUGUUGAUUCGACCGAAAAUGUCCAACUGUGAUGACGGAAACUAUCGUGAAACGCGGUGGUUUAUGCCUUGGUGCAAACGACGACAGCUGGAGGAUUUUUACCUUCCUCGCAUGAUUUCUGAUGUUACGAAGCAGACGAAAGUGCCGUUUGGAGACGGAGUCAUUGCCACUCUUGAUACUUGUAUUGGAGCAGAGACAUGUGAAGAACUGUGGACUGCAGAAAGUUCCCAUGUGCCACAGGGACUUGACGGAGUGGAGAUUUUCACCAAUGCAAGCGGAAGUUACCAUGAGCUUCGUAAACUACGAACUGCUUAUACCUUGAUCGAAGGAGCUUCGAUGAAGAGUGGUGGAAUCUAUUUGUACGCCAAUAUGCGAGGCUGUGAUGGUGAGCGGGUAUUCUACAGUGGAGGCGCCUGCAUCGCGAUCAACGGAGAGAUCGUCGCACAGGGACACACUUUUGAAAUAAACGAAGUGGAAGUGGUUACAUCGGUUUUGGAUCUGGAAGACGUCCGCAUGUACCGCAAUCGUAUCCGCAGUCGUUCUGCGUCGGCCACUCGAGCGAGCGUGUAUCCUAGAAUAAAUGUUGAGUUUGCGCUCGGGCCGAGCCAUGUGCACGAUGUUACUCUACCAUCAUACGAACCCGUCGAGCCCAAGUUCUUCACACCGGAAGAAGAAAUAAGUCUUGGACCCGCGUGCUGGCUGUGGGAUUACUUGCGCCGAAGCCGGCAAAAUGGAUUUUUUCUACCGCUUAGUGGCGGAAUUGACAGCAGCAGCGUAGCUUGCAUUGUGCACUCUAUGUGCCGGCAGGUCUGCAAGGCCGUAGAGCGCGGAGAUCAGCAGACACUUCUGGAUGCGCAGCAUAUCGUCGGGGACAACGAUUAUGUGCCUGCAAAUCCCGAAGAAUUUUGUGGCCGAAUUUUACACACAUUUUAUAUGGGAACAGAGAACUCGUCCGAAGAAACUAAAGCACGUGCGCAAACUCUGGCUGAUCAGAUUGGUGCUACCCACCGCAGCAUCGUGAUUGACGUCGCGGUGGAUGCCGUUUUAAAAAUAUUCACAUCGGUGUCUGGAUUUGCUCGACCUCGGUAUAAAGCACAUGGAGGAGAAAUAAGAGAGAAUCUAGCCCUACAAAAUAUUCAAGCUCGCUUGCGAAUGGUCCUUGCUUAUCUUUUUGCCCAGUUGGUGCUAUGGGCGCAAGGAAAGCCAGGCGGACUGCUUGUGUUGGGAACAGCUAAUGUGGACGAAAGUUUGCGAGGUUACUUCACGAAGUACGAUUGUUCCAGCGCAGACAUUAAUCCCAUUGGGGGUAUCUCUAAAACGGAUUUGAAAAAAUUUCUACGUUACUAUUCCCAAAAAUAUAAAAUCGACGUUUUGGAUGGGUUACUGGAAGCUCCUCCGACUGCCGAGCUGGAGCCUUUAGAGCAGGGAAAAGUAACGCAGACCGAUGAGGCGGACAUGGGAAUGUCGUAUAAGGAAUUAUCAGAUUACGGUCGUUUGCGGAAAAUCGCCGGUUAUGGGCCGUACUCUAUGUUCUGCAAAUUAGUGCACGCGUGGUCGGGAAUGUUCCGUCCAACACAGGUAGCCGAGAAAGUCAAGCACUUCUUCCGGACCUACUCUAUCAACCGUCACAAGAUGACUACACUCACGCCCGCCUACCACGCUGAACGGUACAGUCCGGACGAUAACCGCUUCGAUCACCGGCAGUUUCUUUACAAUACGAGUUGGACUUGGCAGUUCCAGGCUAUCGAUGCUCGAGUCCCUGAACUCGAAGAACGUCGAAAACACACAGUGCCGGAAGGUACACAGCCGACCGGUUCCGUCUGCAUGACAGUGCAGGACAAGCAGAAGGAUAACAAAGUGCAUUCGUCUGAAGCCGCGCCGAUUGGGGAAUCCGCAGUUCUGCACUGUCCGAAUAAAGGCUAAUCAGCAAAGAUUACCGCAUCUGGUGUUAGAGUACGGUGUAAUACUGCAGUGGUGAGAAAUUACGAUAAAUAAUUAAUUUGUUAUUAUAGUUGUGAUAUUUGUUGCUUAAUCAUAUAGAAGUACAAUAAUUUUUGGUGUUUUAUUGUGUGCAGCGACUUUGUUGAUUUGGUUUUGGUGUUGAUUAUUAGAUUUUGUGCAGAAUUUUUCUUGAAUUUAUCGGGAUAGAUAGAUAUGGUGAAGGCAGAGGGUCGUGAUGCUUUACGAUUGCAUUUGCUUGGUUAAAGGUUGUCAAACUCUG